CUCGCGCUCUCCAGGGCGCGCAACUGGGCGGGCUGCAGCUGCCCUCGCGGGCGCGCGCAGCCGAGCGGCGGGCGUUCCGCGGUGGCCGAGCGUUUCGCUGCCCCCAUGGCAUCUGCCCCUGCGGCAUCGCCGGCUUCUGCUGCCGCGGCCAGCGGGCCUGCCGCGGCGGAGAGUUUCUUCGCGGAGGGCGCCCUGGUCAAGGACCAGCAAGGCAACUUCGCAGUGGCCACGGCGACUUGGACGGCCCGCGAUGCCAGCGCGCGCCUCUCUGCGUUACCAGUGGAGAAAGUAGAGGGAUGUUCACGGCAUGGGGGCGCGGCUGCGGCGACCGCGCGCUGGCGUUUUAAGCGUCAGUCCCCGCGGGUGGAGUCGGCGUCAGAGGGGCGCCUCGCUGGUCUCGGCGCACAUCUUGUGCCGCGGAUCGCCGCGAAGAAGGAUUUGUCACUGAAGUGGGCGAACUCGUGCUACGUUAUGGUAGAGCGAGAAGCAGCGGGCCCCACAACACAGGCGCCCGACGCGGUCACUGUAGCCGCCAUGAUCCGUGGGUUACGCGAGGAGGGCUUUGCGCUGUCUCCGAGGGGGGCUGCGAGCAUUUUGCCAACGCGCCCCCGCUCGCCCGAUGUGGUGGCGGAGCGAGUCCGGGGGCGUUCUACCGGUCAGCGCCGCCCGCUGCCCGAAAUGCAAAGGAGCGUGCUACAUCAAGAAGGUGCGCCUGCCAUUGGCGACUCCCCGGGGCUCGCAGAGGACACGCUGUUUCGGGCGCUGACGCCGAGGCCGAGGUGUGGCAGUCGGACAAAGUGUUCGUGGAAUGAGUCGGCGACCUCGUCCGAGUUCGAGUCGGCGUUACCUGUGCGCGCCAAGGCAAACUGGCCUGUGGAUGUUUCUGGCGCGCGUCUCGUGGCGCGCGGGCUCGCGGACAGCUUGCGCAGCGAGUUGCGGGACGUCGAAGCCGCGCUCACGUGCGCGGUCUUGGCGCGGGUGCCGCAGUCACGCUGGUUGGCGAACGUGGUCGUCAAGAUCUUCCAGGAGACGGACGCGGCCCGAGUUGAAGACGACAUCCACAUGCCCGGUCAAAGUGGGGGCUGCCGCGUUCGCUGCGCCUUGGCGUGUCACGGCUUGUUCGACAUCCCAUUGCUUCCUCCAGUCCUGGCGUUUUCGGAGACUAUGGUCGACAUAAUGGCGAUAGCGGUUUUCGUCGUUCACAUUCUGCGGUCGAAGGACCCGCAGGCUGUCCCCCUGGGCACGGUGGAUGACUGCACGGAGCGCCGCUUCGCGGGAACCACGCGCGGCAUCGAAGCCAUUUGCCACACGCUCGCGCACGCGGGCGGGGUACAGGUGAAUUACGACCGGCAGGCCGCUUAUGCCUUGAAGGCGUUGUUCGGUCGGUUCAACCCGACGGCUGCGGAUCUGUUCUCUGUGCAAGCAGGGCGCGCUGGAGCUCGGGCGCAGGCGAUUCGCGCCGCUGGCUGUCAGGUGGCCACUCCUUUGGAGGCGUUGCAGAAGUUCAUCCAGGGCGAUCGGCUGGCCACCAAUGUCGACGCGAGCGCCGUAUUGGCGUCGUUCUUGGGCGGGACCUUGCGGCGGGCCCAGGACAACGCACUGCCUCCUAAAGCGGUCGUGCACGUCUUGCUGAGCAGGCUCGGGGCGCCCCGUUUGGCAGAGCAGCUGUGGCAGGCGCGCUUAGGCGCGCAGGGCUUGCAGGGGGAGCCGGUCGCGUUCGACGCGUGGUUCCGCAUCGGCAUGGCUGACCGGGCGCAGCGCCAGUCUCUUCCGCUUAAGCGGGGCGGGCGCUGGCGGGUGACCAUGAAGCGCGAAGACGGCUCCACCGCGCGCGCGGAGAAGCGCUCUGCUCUUGCGGACGG